GCGACGGCAGCCACGGUUAUGGGGAGCGGAGGCGUGAUCCACUGUAGGUGUGCCAAGUGUUUCUGUUAUCCUACAAAGCGGAGAAUAAGAAGGAGACCCCGAAACCUAACGAUCUUGAGUCUCCCUGAAGAUGUGCUCUUUCAUAUCCUGAAAUGGCUUUCUGUUGGAGACAUCCUCGCUGUCCGAGCUGUGCACUCCCACCUGAAGUACCUGGUGGAUAACCAUGCCAGCGUGUGGGCAUGUGCCAGCUUCCAGGAGCUGUGGCCUUCUCCAAAGAACCUGAAGCUCUUUGAAAGGGCUGCCGAAAAAGGGAAUUUUGAAGCUGCUGUGAAGCUGGGCAUAGCCUACCUCUACAAUGAAGGCCUGUCUGUGUCUGAUGAGGCCCGGGCGGAAGUGAACGGGCUGAAGGCCUCUCGCUUCUUCAGUCUCGCGGAGCGCCUGAAUGUGGGCGCCGCACCCUUCAUCUGGCUCUUCAUCCGCCCACCUUGGUCGGUGUCCGGAAGCUGCUGCAAGGCCGUGGUUCACGAGAGCCUCAGGAUGGAGUGCCAGCUGCAGAAAACUCACAGAGCAUCCAUACUGCACUGCUUGGGGAGAGUGCUGAGUCUUUUUGAGGAUGAAGAGAAACAGAAGCAGGCCCGGGACCUGUUUGAAGAGUCUGCUAACCAGGCGUGUUUGACCAGCUCAUACCUCCUCUGGGAAAGUGACAGAAAGAUGGAUAUGUCAGAUCCUGGACGAUGCCUCCACAGCUUCCGGAAACUCAGGGACUUUGCUGCCAAAGGCUGCUGGGAAGCGCAGCUGUCUCUAGCCAAAGCCUGUGCACACGGAAACCAGCUCGGACUGGAAGCGAAAGCCUCCAACGAGAUAGUCUGCCAGCUGUUCCAGGCCUCCCACGCUGUCAGUAAGCAGAGGGUCUUCUCUGUGCAGAAGGGACUCAAUGACACAAUGAGGUACAUUCUCAUCGAUUGGCUGGUAGAGGUCGCCACCAUGAAGGACUUCUCAAGCCUGUGCCUUCACCUGACCGUGGAGUGCGUGGACCGGUACCUGCGGAGGCGGCUGGUGCCCCGGUACAGGCUCCAGCUGCUGGGCAUCGCCUGCAUGGUCAUCUGCACCCGGUUCAUCAGCAAAGAGAUCCUGACGAUCCGGGAGGCUGUGUGGCUCACAGACAACACGUACAAAUACGAGGACCUGGUGAGGAUGAUGGGAGAGAUCAUCUCUGCCUUGGAAGGAAAGAUUCGAGUCCCCACCGUGGUCGAUUACAAGGACGUCCUGCUGACGCUGGUCCCCAUGGCACCAAGAACCCAGCACCUGUGCAGCUUCCUCUGCGAGCUCUCCCUGCUGCACACCAGCCUGGCCGCCUAUGCCCCAGCCCACCUGGCUGCAGCCGCUCUGCUCCUGGCGAGGCUGACACACGGGCAGACACAGCCCUGGACCACUCGGUUAUGGGACCUCACUGGGUUCUCCUGUGAAGACCUCAUCCCCUGUGUCUUAAGCCUUCACCAAAAGUGCUUCCACGACGAUGCCCCCAAGGACUACAGGCAGGUCUCUCUCACCGCCGUGAAGCAGCGAUUUGAGGACAAGCGAUACGAAGAGAUCAGCCAGGAAGAGGUGCUGAGCUAUGGCCAGUUGUGUGCAGCUCUAGGGGUGAAACAAGAGAGCCCAGAACCCGCGUCUUUCCUCAGCACAGGAGACAUUCACACCUUCCUCAGCUCUCCCUCUGGAAGGAGAACCAAGCGGAAACGGGAGAACAGCCUCCAGGAGGACAGGGGCAGCUUCGUCACCACGCCGACCGCAGAGCUGUCCAGCCAGGAGGAGACACUGUUGGGCAGCUUCCUGGACUGGAGCCUGGACUACUGCUCCGGCUACGAGGGCGACCAAGAGAGCGAGGGCGAGAAGGAGGGUGAUGUGACGGCUCCCAGCGGUGUCCUCGAUGUCACUGUGGUCUACCUGAACCCGGAACAGCACUGCUGCCAGGAAUCAAGCGAUGAGGAGGCCUGCCCGGAGGAGGAGGGGCGUCAGGACACACAGGCGUCGGCACCAGGCAGCCAGACACCUUGGACCCCAGGGCUCGAGCGCCCUCUGUGUAGCAGGAGGGGGCCAGGCAAGGACAUCACGACCUCAGGGUACUCCUCUGUCAGCAGCACGAGUCCCACAAACUCCGCAGACGGCUUGGGGGGCCUUCCCCGAUCUACCUCAGUACUGUCCCCAGGCAGCGACUUGAACACACAGCCUUGCCACCAUCACGCGAGGAAGUCGUGUGUACAGUGUCGUCCCCCAAGCCCCCCGGAGAGCUGUGCUCCCCAGCAACAGGUGAAGAGGAAAAACCUGUCCGCCCACAAUGAGGAGGAGGAGGACAUGAACUUGGGCUUUUUGAAGCUGUGAGUGUGUCAGUGCGUUUGCUGAAGUGAAUGUUUGCUGAGGGAGGGCUGCUGUUGCACUAGCGAGGGGGAGGGGGGGCGCUGGAGAUGGAUCCCUGUAAACCCCUGGUGGCAGUCACACGGGGAAUAGAAAGGAGAACUUGGGGCAGUAAGUUUCUUUCUCCAGGGGAGCCCAUUGCGAGCCAUCAGAAUGUCUAAAUCACAACAAAAACUCAGUUCCUUCUCUCUGGAAAGUUUAGCCUCAAAGCAAUCAUGCCAUACUGUGUGAAGCCUAUUUCUCUGUCCCCUCCCAUGUUUGUCCUGCUUGCUCUGGGAAACUUAAGCCCACGUCCUGAACUUCCCAGCCCCACGGAGCCCCAGGCACUCCGGGAGCUGAGAGCUUUCACAGUUGAGAACGUGUGACCCAGGUAUCCUGGCACAGCUCACCCCCUCCCAUAUUUAUCUGGUUCGGGGUUUCAGGGGGAGCCAACAGCUGAGCACACCAUCCCUGCGCCCACAUUGGCCUGCCCUGCCCCAGGCAGCCGUUCCUUUCCUCACUGGGUGGUGGGUCCUAUCGUGAGGGAACUCUGCCCCGCGGAUUGUUUCGGACUGCGUGUGAAUACCGGGCAAGUGGGCCCUGACAUUUUUGCAGGCCAGGGCCUUGAUGUCUUGGUCACAGGCUCUCUUCCUCCCAUAUUCUCAGCUCAUUUUAGAAAUCUGCCCCUUCUCCUGCGAUGGUUUGUCUGUGUCCCCAGCAGAUGAUGUCUGUGUGAACUUCGGAAUGUCUGGGCCAUUUCUUUCCCUGUCUUUAUUUCCAUCCUCCAUCCCUCUAAGAUAAAAAACAAAAGAAAAAUUAAAAAUAGAAGGUAUUAGGGCUUCCCUGGUGGCGCAGUGGCUAAGAAUCCGCCUGCCAAUGCAGGGGACACGGGUUCGAGCCCUGGUCCGGGAAGAUCCCACAUGCUGCAGAGCAACUAAGCCCGUGCGCCGUAACUACUGAGCCUGUGCUCUAGAGCCCGCGAGUCACAACUACUGAAGCCUGCACGCCUAGAGCCCGUGCUCCACAGCAAGAGAAGCCACCGCAUCGAGAAGCCCGCGCACCUCAAGGAAGAGUAGCCCCCGCUCGCCGCAACUAGAGAAAAGCCCGCGCACAGCAACGAAGACCCAACA